UCUGCAAGUAUGGAUGGAUGUCGAUUAUUUCGUUACGUCGUUUUAUGGUCAGUGGUUGUUGGUAUACAGAAUCGACAAUGCCCAGGCGGUUUCUAUGGUAGCAGUUGCCAGCAUAAGUGUCCAAUGACUUGCAAAAACAAGCGAUGCACGCUUGACGAAGUUGGUCGUACUUAUUGUAUUGACGAAUGUGUGGAUGGAUAUAGAGGCACCUCAUGCAAAAUCCCCUGUCUGCGGAAUUGUCAGCUGUGUGAACGUGUCAACGGCCGUUGUACUAGCUGUAAGGAUACCUUUCAUGGUGCAAACUGUACUCUCACAUGUGAAGAGUUGUGCAAGGGAUUCCGGUGUGACACAGACAAGACAUGCUCUAAAACGACGUGUCUUGACGGGCGGUAUGGACAGAACUGCAGUGACAAGUGCUACCCCCGGUACCUGACAUGUGCCCGAUCUACUGGAGGCUGCACUGCCUGUAGAGAUGGUUACUAUGGGCAGUUCUGUGAGCUGGAUUGUCCUCGGUGCGGCUUUACAGACGGUAGUGUUGAUCAGACAUGUAAAGAUGGAUGCAACACGAUUUCAUGUUCAGAUAUCACAGGCGGCGACUGUGGAAGGAAUAUACCGCUGACUGUGUUUGUUCCUGUGGUUCUGCUGCUGGUCAUUGCAAUCGUUGUGAUACUGUGUCUGUGGUGGCGCAUACACAAGAAGAUCAUGUAAGUGGACUUGUUCACUCAACCUUAUCUACCAAAGUUCGGGACAUGGUUUUGAGUGCAAAGAGAUUGAAUUGAAAACGUGGUGAAUGCAUACAAUUUAAUCAGGCGAGUCGACCAUGCAGACAGUGUGGUGAACAAUGU